AUGAAUCCUCAUAUUGAUACUUUUGAUCGAUAUGUUCGACCCGAACAAAGUAAUCCAUUUUUCAUGUCAUCUUCUUAUAUCGCACCUGAUGGUCCUAAGUGGUAUGCAAGCUCCCCUCCAUUGAACAACGGUGUUAUCGGUAAAAUUCAAUCCAACUAUGGUAAAGAUAAACCCAGAUUCAUGCCAUAUACCCCCAAACACCUUAAAUUAAAAUCGUACCUCCAUGGAACAUCUCAAUAUGAUCGAUCUAAGGAAGUAAAGCAAGUGAAUAAGUAUGAAAGCUUCAAUAACAAUAACAAUAGCAAUCAUACCUUCAGAUCCGGAUACAAAUCCGUAUCUAUUCCUCCUCAAAUUGAAUUCUUACAUAGUUAUCGAAUGGAGAACGAAAUUGUGAGAUUAAGGCGGGAACUUAAUGUUUCUGAGCAUCGAAAUAGGUUGUUACUUGAGCAGAAUCUCAAGUUACAGCAACAAAUCAAGAAUGCUCGAAUGGAAGGGGAUGUUUUGAAAAACUUAAAUAUGAAUAUUGCUAGGAAUGGAAUGUGGUAUAGAAGGGAAGAGGACUAUAAUGAGAAUGGGAUUGGAAUGGACGAUGAUAUACCUGUAAAAGUUGAAGAGGAGGAUGAGGAAGUAACCGUGAAAGUUGAGGUUGAGGAUGAUGCAUGA